AUGAAGACUGUCAGCUCACAAGCUGCUGCCCUCGUGGCCCAGCGAGGAUCACCCCUGGAUCAGACCCUCAUGGCGAGGUGCUGGGGUUUGGAGGACGCAGACUCAUGGUCCUGGCCUGCAAGAGGGACUGCUCACAAGCAGCCAGCACUUGCUUCAGAUAGUAUUGAAUUGGAUCCAGCUUUUGGGCAAAUCACAGUUUUUUUCUUUCCUGACAUCAACUUAAGAGUGACUAUCCACAUGGUACAAAAGAUGGUUUCAAUUUUACUGCUUCCAAUAAAGCCAUGAUCUGACAGUAAUACAUACAUUGGGAAAAAGAUUUUUCGUGUUAAAAAUCCUUAUGUGUAUUCUAUGGAUGAAGACAUUCUCUAUCAUAUGGAUUUAGGAAGAAAAACACACUCUCUCCCUGCUUCUGUUUCUGAUGUUUAUUUUGUCUGCAUUUGUUGGAGCCCCAGGAGCAUGGAAGUGUUCGCCCUGUUUCUGCACAAGGCAGCAGAGGAAAGUGUAGAGGAUAUAAAGGACAGCUGUGGAGACAGGGAUUGUAGGUACAAAACUGGUCCUGUGCUCUCCAUCAGUCAUGGCAUGGGCCUCCCCUCCGUUUCUAUUAUGCUUCAUGAACUCAUCAAAUUACUGCACCUUGACAGGAGCUACAACGUUACUAUGAUUGGGAGAAUAGAUGAGAGGGGUUGAUUCGGGAUUGCACAGGCAUCUGUGGUAAUAAUGGAUACAAUCAUAGACUCUUUCUUUAAGCCCCAUUUGAACAGGUAACUUGGUAACUUCGUCCUCCGAAGUACUGAACUUGACAAGCAACUGUAGGAGGAACUAUUCAACUGUAGCAAAGAAAUUCCCGACUUCCCAACCCUCAUUGGACAUACACCGUGUACUUAUGAUUUUUAUAAAGGCCAGGGUCGACUAGAUGGAGCACUGGGCUCCUCUUCCAGAAAAAAGUUAGAUUAAUUGAAGAGAGCAUGCAAAGCCAGUGUCAGCAAUAUUAAAAUGGAAUCUACAGUGUUUGUGGGCACGUGUAGACUUUGUGGUCUAAAAUCUGCUGUAGUUGUUGUGACACUUCUCAACAGACUUGAAUGUGACCAGAUCAAUGUGGUCCCUGAUGUUCUGGUGGAGUACCAGCAACAGCCUCAGUUCCUAAUCUCCUAUUUCAUCAGACAAUGGCUUGGACUUCCUGACCAGACAUCACAACUGGGCAGCCCAAUCUUUCCCGAGAGAAAGUUCACACUAUGUGGCCUGAUAGAAUUAAGCCCGCCGGUCGGCAUUUCUACACGGACUUCUCUGUUCUACAAGAGGAGUCAAGUGGCUCUAAGAAUCAGAGCAAAGGAGUUGGGUAUGGACAGAGGAAAGCCAGGGGCAUCAGAUGAACCUGAGAACUCUAAGAGAGCCAAGAAGUACUCACUGGAAACUUCAGCUGAAACUGAGAGUUCUACACUCUCUAAUAAUGAGUACUACAAAGAGUUUGCAGUAAAAUCUGAAGGGGUUGGAGAAGUCUGGGCCCCAUGA